UUGCUUGACGAGCGCAAGGAAAACCCUGGUGAUGACUUCAUAUCGGUGCUCGCCAGCGGCGAGAAGAAUGGCGUCUUCACCCGUGCGCACACGCUGUCCAACACGGCCCUGCUGCUGAUCGCCGGUCACGAGACCACCAUCAACCUGAUCUGCAACGGGACCAAGUCUUUCAUGAACAACCGGGACCAGUGGGACCUGUUCCGGCAGGACACCGAGGGCAUGAUGGUUCGCGCCUGCGAGGAGGCGCUACGCUAUGAUCCCCCCGUCCUGACCCUGCCCCGCCUGGCCAGUGAAGACGUGGAACUCCGCGGCAAGCACAUCAAGGAGAAGGACCGCGUCCGCUGGGUCAUCCCGUCGGCCAACCGGGACCCCAACAAGUUUGACCAGGCCGACCAAAUGGACAUCACCCGCUGGCCCAACCCGCACGUUGCGUUUGGCGCCGGCGUACACCACUGCCUCGGAUCCACCAUCGCCCGCGUGGAAGGCCAGGAGGUCUUCCGGGCCCUGGCCGACCGCUACCCCAACAUGGAGAUGGUGCCGCACGAGUCCGAGUACCGUCCCACCAUGGCCCUCCGCUCCAUGAUGGAACUGCCGAUGAACUUCAACGUAUAG